AUGCAGCAGCCCCGCUGCUGCUUGCUGCUGCUGUCUGCUUCCUUUGGGCCGCUAGCUGUCCUCCUAGAAAAGCUGCUGCAGCAGCAGCUGCUGCAGCAGCAACUGCUGCAGCAGGGGUCACUGCAGCAGCAGCAGCAAGCACAGACACAACGGCUGCAGCUGCUGCAGCUGCUAGAUGUGCUGCUGUGGGAGGUGCAGUUUGAGCAGCAGCAGCAGCAGCAGCAGCAGCAGCACGGAGGAGCAGCGCGGCUGUGCGACGUGCUGCUGCUGCUGCUGGAUGCUGUUACAGUGGAGAUCGGCAACGCACUACAGCAGCAGCAGCAGCAGCAGCAGCAACAGCAGCAGCAGCAGCAGCAACAGCAGCAGCAGCAGCAGAGGAGACGUUCCCAUGGAUCUGCUGCUGCUGCUGCGCCACCACAGCAGCAACAGCUGCGCAGCUCGAAGCAGCCGCUGCUGCAGCUGCUGCCGGGGGGGGAGCUGAGCAGCAGGAGCAGCAGCAUCAGCAGCAGCAGCGGCAACAGCAGCUGCAGCAGCAGCUGCAGCAGCAGCAAGGGGACGCUGUCAAGGUGCCGCCGCACAUCAGAACAUUCAACAGCUGCUGCUCCCGCAGCAGCAGCAGCAGCAGCAGAAGCUGCUGCUGCUGCUGCUGUUGCUGCUGCAGGCGUACUCCGAAAAGACAGCGACAGAAGCCUCCAGGCGCGGCCUGCUGCUGCAGCAGCAGGUGCAGCAGCAGCAGCAGCAGUUCUUGCUUCUUACAGCACCGGAGUGGACUUAGGCAGCAGCAGCAAAGAGCAGCAGCAAGAGAGCUUGGUGCUGCUGCCAACAGCAGCGCAGCAGGAAGCGUUUCUGCUGCUGGAUCUGCUGCAGCAGCUGCAGCUGCAUGCAGCCCCAAACGCUUUGCUGCCGCGCAUCUCUCUCUUAUACGCUGCUGCUGCUGCAGCAGCAGCCAACGCAUGCGCGGCAGCAGAAGCUGCUGCUGCUGCUGCUGCGGCUGCAGGCGUACUCCGAAAAGACAGCGACAGAAGCCUCCAGGCGCGGCCUGCUGCUGCAGCAGCAGGUGCAGCAGCAGCAGCAGCAGUUCUUGCUUCUUACAGCACCGGAGUGGACUUAGGCAGCAGCAGCAAAGAGCAGCAGCAAGAGAGCUUGGUGCUGCUGCCAACAGCAGCGCAGCAGGAAGCGUUUCUGCUGCUGGAUCUGCUGCAGCAGCUGCAGCUGCAUGCAGCCCCAAACGCUUUGCUGCCGCGCAUCUCUCUCUUAUACGCUGCUGCUGCUGCAGCAGCAGCCAACGCAUGCGCGGCGAUUUGCUGCCGCUGCUGCUGGUGCUGCUGCACUGCACCCCCGUUAGCAGCAGCAGCAGCAACAGCAGCAGCAGCAGCAGCAGCAGCAGCUACAGCAGCUGCUGCAGCGGCGUGCUGGAGCUGCUGCGGGGGCAACAGCAGCAGCAGCAGCAGCAGCAGCAGCAGCAGCUACAGCAGCUGCUGCAGCGGCGUGCUGGAGCUGCUGCGGGUAAUUUCUGUCGUCGCGAGGCAGUGUCCUUUGGGGCCCGCAAAGCAGCGUGCUGCUGCUGCUGUUGCUGCUGCAUGCGCAGCAGCACAGCAGCAGCAGCAGCAACAGCAGCAGCAGCAGCAUAGUUCUUGGAGACAGCUCCGCAGGUCGCAGCAGCAGCUGCAGGAGUCAGCAAUACUGCAUUCUGUGUACAUUGCUCUGACUACAGCGCAGCAGACACUGCAGCAGCAGCAGCAGCAGCAGCAGCAACUGCAGCAGCAGCAGCAGCAGCAGCACGAACUCUACAUCCGCCGCACUGGUGGCAUGCACUGCAGCAGAGUCGGCAGCGGCAUGUGGGGGGGGCGGCGAUCUCUAGGAGAUGUCUUUUCCUCUUGGAGACAGCUCCGCAGGUCGCAGCAGCAGCUGCAGGAGUCAGCAAUACUGCAUUCUGUGUACGUUGCUCUGACUACAGCGCAGCAGACACUGCUGCAGCAGCAGCAGCAGCAGCAGCAACUGCAGCAGCAGCAGCAGCAGCAGCAGCAGCACGAACUCUACAUCCGCCGCACUGGCGGCAUGCACUGCAGCAGAGUCGGCAGCGGCAUGUGGGGGGGGCGGCGAUCUCUAGGAGAUGUCUUUUCUUCCUUUGCUCACUCCGGUGAGCAGCAGCAGCAGCAGCAGCAGCAGCAGCAGCAGCAGCAACAGCAGCUGCAGCAGCAGCAGCUGCUGCUGCAGCGGCAACAGGAGCAGCAGCAACAGCUGAUGCUGCGCUGA